AUGGACUUCCAGUGCCAGACCUGCCCUCGCUGCUUCGCCAGCUGGGUCUCUAGGAACCAACACAUGGACGCCCUCGAUCACUGGGCUCCAACAUACGAGUGCGAGACUUGUACUCGGGAAUUUACCUCUCAGCAUGCAGCCAAUCAACACAUGAAUGCCGUGGGACACUGGGCUCCCAAGAUCGAGUGCGAUACUUGCACCAAGCUAUUCCCCACCCAGGAUGCUGCGAAUAUCCAUAUGGAUGCGCUGGGCCACUGGGAGCAUUAUUGCCAUUCAUGUGACAGAAAGUUUAUGGGUGAGAGUAAUCUGCGUGCAGUAAGCAUUCUUGUUCCUUUUAUUCAUUUCUUUCAACCUUUGUUUUCUCUUCUUCGCUUUUGGACCGACUCUGUUCAAGCGAUAUGCCUCGAUUACUGGCAUCAUUUCCCCCACAAGUCACCAUUCAACACUUCACACCCAGAUUCAAUAUCAAUCUUUCAACAUUUACCCCCACAAAGAAUAACAAAAACAUACUUGACUAACUAUACCCCCCCCCCCCCCCCUCCUUCCUCCAACCAGCAUCUCAACUCCCGCAUCCACCGCGGCACCAAACUCUCCUGCCCCUUCUGCACCCACUCCUUCGUCUCCCCCAGCGGCGUCUCCCACCACCUCGAGACCGGUUCCUGCUCUGGCGCCCCCAACCUCAACCGCGCCAGCGUCGCCCGCAUGAUCCGCCAAAUCGACCCCCACCACGCCAUCACCACCAAGCAGAUUGAAUGGCACACCUCCGACGACGAGGGUGAAUUCUUCGUCACCAAUGCUGCAUGGAACGGUGUCGCGUGGGAAUGCUACAUGUGUCAUCGGGAGUUUGGUUCGGCCCGUGCUCUGACGCAGCAUGUGAACUCGCCGGCUCAUGAGCAGAAGAUCUACCGGUGUCCGAAUCGGAGAGCUGAGUGUGGGCGGGAGUUUACUUCGUUGGCGGGAUUGUUUAAUCAUUUGGAGAGUGAGUCGUGUGGGCUUACUCGGUUUGAAAAGGUGGUGCAGGCGCAGAGGUCGUUGACGGAUGCGAUGAUGGGGAAGAGGACAAUCGGGUACUCUGACUUGACGUUUUCGUGA